CCAUCGUAACAUAGGGAUUUGAGAACCACUUAUCAACUUACGAAUCAAACAGUACGUUCAAAUAUGUUUAAAUUUGAAAAUAUCAGAAAUACGUGCUAAUUGACUAAUAGUGGUGCAAAUAUUCAAAGUAAGGAUAUUAAACUUGUUGCAAAUUUAUUGUAUUAUUAUAACGCAUAGCGUCACUUCUUAUUUCUAUCUUCCCGAAACGCAAGUACGUUACAAACUCCAAACUGUACAUCCAUAACCUUCGGUGGUGCUGUUUAUACAAUGGCCAAUCUGGAGACCACAUUUGGAAGCCUUGAAACGGACGAACGAUUCAAGAAACUCGAACGAUCCUUGAAGCUAGCUCUGCUGAAAAAGGAGCACAGCAAGAGCGAUAAAGUGCAUUCCGAUAAAGUGACACAUUGGCCCAGCAUUUCGAGCAUUAAUGUAGAUGCUUUAGAUUCCAGUUGCGCGACACCACUGCAAGUCUCUACAGUCGGGAGUGAGGUGUUAGCCUCGAGCAAUAAUUUAAGAAAGAUACUUUCGAGGAAGAAGCUUCAUAACAAUAAUCGAGACAUGAUAUCCACGUCCAGCGUUAAGGAAUACAAUGUCAAGCAGGAUAAUCAUUCCGAUCAGUUUAUUAUGCCACCUCCAACGAGACACACAGUUUAUCGUACCUCUAAGAAACAGCAGGAGAAGAUUUACAUGUCGUCUGACUGCGAAAAGGCAGAAUCGAUUACGCUCAACAGCUUCGUGUCAUCUUCCAUAAGAAAUAAUACUUUUUCUUUGAGGAAUUCUAGCUAUGUGUCUGCCAAUACGAAUACCAACAAUGAGUAUUUGCACUCGUUCAACGCACCAGUGUCCAUUGACAGUGAUCCGCAAAAGGUUGAUAGAGUGUUCUCGAGGUGGAGAGUUAUGUUAAACAACCAAUAUGAGUUAAUAAUUAAAGGAACGUUAGAAUGUGGGAAAGUUGUACGCAGUAAACCAGUUAUAAGAAGAUACACUGCGACAUGUGUCGAAUCCAAGUUCAAACAUAAAUAUAAUCUCCAAGGAAAUAUCGUUGAUGAGAGAAAUGAACUACCAGAUUAUAUCCGUGGAAAGUUCUGCAACGGCUUUCCCGAUGAUUGGGAGAAUAUUUAUCAGGUAUGGAGAACAUACGUCAGCCAAGGACGUCCAGUGACGUUUCGCUGGCCCACCACUAUUACUGAUAGCGACGACGACUUGAAGAGUGAACUGACCGAUUUGACGUACAUGCACGUGAGAAAUAACAGAAGCAUUCCUACAAUGAAAUCUCACAAAAGCGAACAUGUUAGAUCAGAAAUUCCGAGCAUUAAAGAGUCUCCAGGCAAAGUGGAAAAAUUUCAUAAUCAUUCGACUCGCAGUUUUAUUUCUGAUACUGAAAGGAAUGCCAAUCCUGUUGCGCAACAGACAAGCAACGUAAGGUUAACGUGUGAAGAAGGUAAACGGGAUACUAAGAUAAGUCCAGCGUGCAGUCCCAGAAGAGCGAAUAAAUUAAAGGACAUCCUGCAGGAGGACAAGUUGCAGAUUAUCAUUGACAAUUUAGCAGACAAAAAUUGUUCUCCCCAGUACAUCGACAAGAUACUCGACAUGCUAGAUUGCUUGGACUAUGUGGUAUCUUACAGAUCAGGGUCCGAGAGCAAAUGCGAUUCAGUGGUCUCGGUGAGUUGUGAGACCAAGUCAGAAGCGAUUCCACUGCAACAAGUCAUGCAUAACGAUACCCAUGUUAGCACUAAAAAUCCUGCAAACAGAACGAUGGAAACGAAAAGCUAUACGCAAUCUACUGACCUAGGAUAUGGAAGUAUAAGAAAUGAUUCACAUCCUACUCAACUGUCAAAUCCGCAAAAUUCCAUUCGAUCGGAAUACAAUGACAAUAAAGAUUUGGAUGAGUCAGAAAGCGAGAUUUACGCGGGCGUACCCAGAGUUUCGAUCGAACGAGUUUUGAAAAUGAGAGAAGCAUCGGGAAAGAUACACAGACGUAAAAUGAGAAAGAAAUUGAGUCGUUUGGAUGCUCAGGACGGUACAAGUCCCGAGAAUAAUACAGAGAAACGCGGGUUUACAUCUGUUCAUACAACAGUUCCUGUCACUAAUUCAGGACAAAAUUUGCUUCCAAAUGAAUCUUGCGUUAGUAUCACCGAGGAUGAAGUGGAAACGGUGGAUACAAGGAAAUGUCAGACAACUGUUAAUCAAGAACGACAAGAAGCGACUUGUUGCAGCCAUCAAAGAAAUAUUAAUAUUUAUGGAGAAAACAAGCCUACAACAAUUGUACAGAAGAAGCAAUUAUUCGAUCCUUUUGAUGCACAAAGGGUUAAAUUGAAUGCCUUUAUAAAGGAACAGGAACUUCCGCAUAAAGUGCACGAGAAUGGACAUUCACAAUUUAUUGCGGAUGUCGAUUAUACCGCGAGUUCGGACAUCGAUGUUAUAAGCAUAAACACAGACAAACAAAAACUAGAAAUACAAAAUAGAAAUAUGAUGAAGAUGCAUACAAAUUCGGACGUUGUGAUUAGUAGCGAAAGCAAUAGCAAUCCUCCCGAGAAGUCUCGCGUUCCUCGAGAAUUACGUAGAGAGUUUAUCGAGCAACCGAACAGCGAGAGUCCGACGAAAAGAGUUAAACCUACCAUAAUCAGUUCAGUGCCAGUAAAGCUAAACUUGAAAAUAAGUAAUGUAGGACCGACGUUGGACCAGCCGUGUAAUUCAGAUGUGAGUAUCACAGAGAACGAGGAGAAUCAGUGUACGAAUGUCCCACCGACAGAAGAAACUCGCAAGAAAUCUGUAACGAAAACGUCAAUUGCCGUGAAGCCUGCAAUUACUACGACUGAACGUAUAAAACGAGAUAAUCCAAAACCGAAGAACAGGAAUGAAUCAGACAAUGUAAAUAGCGCUAAUUCGCCAAAAUCAGUGGCAAAUCCGACGACUCGGCAACAAACCAGAAGCAGUAAGCCUCCAGCCAAAAAUGACCCGAAAGUAUUGACCGCAUGGAUGCCAAAAGUGAUAUAUCACACGGAAUCGAAAUCAAAAUUAGGUUUGAUUUUUCAAGGAAAGUUACUCAACGAGGCUGGUCAUGUUAUAAACAGGAAAUUUAUAACAGAUAUUGUGCUGAAACGACUGUCUGUGACGUUAAUCGAAACGGUGAAGCAUGAAAUUUAUCAGCUUCUUGGAUGCUUGAACGACAAUAAACAUAUUCUUCCCAAGGAACUAGCAAGACAAUGUCGUAACGGCUGUCCUGCAAAGAUCGAACAAUUUUGCCUGACUUGGAAAACGUUGCAACUCGAUGAUAUGCAUAUAGUUGGGGAAAACUCCCACGAUGCAACAAUGGACUCAUUAAGUGUACCUGUUAGUUCUAGAGGUCGCAGGAUUUUGCCUCCAUUAUGUUACUGGACAGGUGAACGCGUUACUUUGAAGGAUAACAAUCCAGUCUAUAAUCCGGGUAAUUUACAAGAAUCAUUGUUAACUUCGCUCACUGAAACUUCGAAAAAGAAUAGUGAAGAGAGAAAGAAGCAGAAAGCGAAUUCUAACAGUACAUCGAAGAAUCAAGGUACAAAUAAGCAGAAAGUGUCUCCGGAAUCGAAUGAGGCUUUUAGUUCAAACAGAAAUCAAAUGAUCGCUCUCGAGAAGAAUCAAUCUUCUAACAAGCUACCUAAGACCACGGUUACGAGUGACACAAGGACGGAGAACGUGAAGAAAGCUCGAAAAUCCAUGAUUCACGGCAAACGGCAAAUAGCGCAGCAGUUAACGUACUCAACCGAUUCUAGUGAAAAGGAAGAAGCGUCUCCUCGGAAGUAUGCACGUAAAUCAAGUACAAAUGCAGGUACAGAUGUACCAUCGUCUUAUACCAUGACGCUGAGGAAACGACAGAAGGUAGAGACAUCUCCAAAUAAAAUGCAUAAUGCAGCUUACUGCUCACCCACGAGGAACUUCAAGAAAGCAACGUAUACGUAUUAUAAAGAUAUUCCGUUAGCGGAGGAUUUGUUAUCCGAGAAUCCAGCGUCACCGAAGUAAUUUUGAAAAUCUCGUAUAUUUUAUUUUUGUAAUGUUGAUAACAGAUGUGCGAAAAUUUUUAUUUAAACAUAUUUUUCUACUCUACGCUAUUUCCUAAAUAUUACAUGUAAAUUAUACAUAUAUUUAUCUUUUGUCUAGAAAAAGUGCUAUUACUUAGAAGCUAUAAGAAUAUCCUUCUCAAAUUGAGGAUCCUUGUAAUUUAUGAGAACUUACUGCAAAUAUUCAUAAACAAAAGAAAAGAGUAAACGAGAGGCGAAAGUAUGAAUAUGAAUUAGAAAGCAUGAUGCUUUUGUUGAUACCAUUCAACAAUUGUAUAAAUUGUACAUAAGAAGUAUCGCCUGUUCAAAGCAAAUGACAUAGAAAAUAAGUGCCAAGAUAAUCACUGGUGCAUUUAAACUUGCAGACAGAUGUACAUAUAAAAUAAUUUUUUUUGCAUAUUUCAAAUAUUCAAAAAACGUUAUUUUAUAUGUACAUUUGUACAAGUUUAAAUGAAUUAAUGAUCAUCUUGGCACUUAUUUUCUUAUGUCAUUUGCUUGAAACAGGCGAUACUUUUUACAUACAAUUUAUACAAUUGUUGAAUGGUGUCAUUAAACAUAAAAAAAAGCCUUAAAUAUACAUAUACGUACCUCUUUAGCGGUUCCAAGCAAGCAUAAUGAUCUCAAUGAUAUAUCAUAUGGGAUUUGGUAUAUAAAGACUAUUGAAUAUAUGUAGACAGGAUGAUAAGUUGCAGAGCAACCAAUUGCGUGCGUGUUAAAAGUGUCGAUGACCAAUAACAAGAAGAGAAAACUAUUUUUGAGCUUCUUCAAAUACUAGUUAUUUUCCUAAUGUUAUCUUACUGUUUGGAAAUAAAAGUUUUUUGACAUAAAAC